AGUUAAGAAUUUGGUGGAAACUCAGGUGUAGUCAAAGUUGAUAGUUGAGAGCCAUUAGAUAAAAAUUUAGUCAAAUCAUUCAAAUCAUCUAACGGCUCUCAGUUAUCAACUUCAUGUGAAGUCGACUGCACCUGAGUCUUCACCUAAUGAUUGAUUGAUAGAGGAAGCAUCCAAGAAAGAAAUAAAGUUGAUAGAUUAUUAGGCCCGGCUGAGACAUUAUUUGUAGUUUAUUUGUCCUAAUGUGAAGAAAAGUUGAUCCCACAAGUUCACUUUAUUUCUCAAUCAUAGAUGAUGAAAGGGUGCUACAAUUAAGAAGACGGUGGUGAUAUAUUUUGUUGGUCAAGAUUAAAGAGAUCUUCUAUGUUAUUUCCAUACUGCCUCUGUUAGUUACCAUGCAUCAUAUAGCUUCAUAAUUUGUAAGCAAUAAUAGCGCUGGGGUUACAAGACUUUGGAACAUCAUGGACCUUACAUCUUUUGUAACAUCUCUAGGGACAUAUUUUGGGAUAUUCAUGGGUCUGAUGAUAGUGUAUGCGUUCCUUUCAUGGAGAGGAGGAAACAAUGUGGUGUACUACCCCAACAAGAUCCUUAAGGGGUUGGAACCAUUGGAAGGGAUAAACAAGUCACGCAACCCUUUCAUUUGGAUGAAGGUUGCAUUGGUUACCUCCGAGACGGAGGUUAUUGCCUUGUCUGGGGUCGACACUGCUGUUUACUUUGUUUUUCUCAGCACUGUGCUGAGUAUCCUGGUUUUAUCUGCCGUGAUUCUGCUACCGGUACUUCUUCCUGUUGCUGUCACCGAUGAACGUGUGGUGAAGGAGUCACUAACAAGUCAUUACAAUCAGACAGUCGUCGAUGAACUUCAAAAGUUGACAAUGGGAAACAUCACGGAGAAGAGUAAUCGGUUGUGGGCAUUUUUUGUUUGCUGCUAUUGGUUUUCACUUGUUGCAUUGGGCCUCUUAUGGAAAGCUUGCAAGCAUGUAUCAUGGCUGAGAGCUGAGGCUCUUAUGGAUCCUAAUGUGAAGCCUGAACAGUUUGCUGUAGUUGUCAGAGACAUACCUGCUGUUCCCCUAGGAGAGACUACUACAGAGGAAUAUGUCCACUCUUAUUUUGAAGCUAUCUAUCCGGAGACAUAUUAUAAGUGUAUGAUUGUAACAGAUAACAGAAAGGCAAACAGGAUUUGGGAGGAGUUAGAAGGAUAUAAGAAGCAGCUUGCACGUGCUGAAACCGUAUUUCAAAUGUCAAAAACAAAUGCCAAACCGGAAGGAACAAGACCUACUAUCAAGACUGGUUUACUUGGACUUUGUGGUAGUAAGGUGGACACUAUAGAAUAUUACAACGACAGAAUUAAUGAAACCGUUACAAAGUUGGAAGCGGAGCAGAAGAUUACUCAGAGUAAAAAGCAGCAAAAUGCUGCUUUGGUGUUCUUCACAAGUAGGGUUGUUGCAGCAAGUGCAGCUCAGAGCUUACAUGCUCAAAUGGUUGAUACAUGGUCAGUGUCACCUGCUGCCGAACCCCGUCAACUAAUAUGGCAUAAUUUGACAAUCAAGUAUUUUGAAAGAGAGCUGCGUAAGUACUUGGUGAAUGCUGUUGUUGCUCUCACUAUAGUCUUCUACAUGGUUCCAAUUUCAUUUAUAUCUGCCUUCACAACUCUGCAAAAUUUGGUGGAACUUGCCCCAUUCAUAGAGCCAGUAGUGCGUAUAAAGGCUUUGAGGACAGUGCUGGAAGCAUAUCUACCUCAACUUGCAUUGAUUAUUUUCUUUUACCUGUUGCCAAAGUUGCUUCUCUAUUUGUCUAAAUUGGAGGGGAUUCCCACACAAAGUCAAGCAGUGAGGGCUGCAUCUGGAAAAUACUUCUAUUUUCCAGUGGUCAAUGUGUUCCUUGGAGUUACUCUUGGUGGAACUUUGUACAGAACAUUCAAGUUAAUUGAGGAUAAUCCCAAAUCACUUCUGUCCUGGCUAGUUAUGAGCCUCCCGGACAAUGCUACUUUUUUUUUGACCUAUUUGGCUCUCAAAUUUUUCGUUGGCUAUGGCCUUGAACUGUCCCGGCUAGUUCCUCUUAUUCUAUACCAUUUUAAGAGAAAGUAUAUUUGCAAGACCGAAGCUGAGUGUAAAGAAGCUUGGGCUCCGGGAGAUCUUGGUUAUGAGACUAGAGUUUCUGAGGACAUGCUCAUUGUCAUAAUUGUCUUCUGUUACUCUGUGAUUGCUCCUCUAAUAAUCCCAUUUGGUGUUCUCUAUUUCGGCCUAGGAUGGCUUAUACUACGAAAUCAGGCACUCAAUGUCUAUGUUCCAACAUUUGAAAGCAAUGGAAGAAUGUGGCCCCACAUACAUAACCGUAUACUAGCAUCUUUGAUACUAUACCAAGUUACCAUGCUUGUGUACUUUGGGCUGCAGAAGUUCUACUAUGCCUCAUUGUUGAUUCCACUUCCUAUAUUGUCGUUCAUCUAUGGUUUUGUCUGUGCAAAGAAAUUUUAUCCAGCUUUUGAACGUCCCAAACUUGACGUUGCAGCCAAGAGCAUGGGGGAAGCUCCUGACAUGGAAUUGAUUUUCAGAUCUUUCAUUCCACCAAGUUUAAAUUCUGAAAAGAUUGAUGAUGAGAACUUUGAAGAAUCAAUUUCCAAAGUUUAGAGAUCACUGUAAUUUGUGUGAUGCGGUUAUCCAAAUGAAUGUCCACUGGUUUUACUUUUUAGUUGUGUGCUAUUGUAGUUUUGAU